AUGGUUCUCCUCAAGCUUAUUCUUUCCCUCGGCCUCAUGGGUGCGACGGCUGUCAACGCCAUCCCAACUCCGGAGGCGACAACGGGUGGCCAUGACAGACUCCCUGGAUGUGGAGAGGUCAAUGUCCUCCUGACUGGUCUUCCACCAUAUCAUCCAUUGGUCAUUCAACAAGGACACGAUCCGAACGGGACUGAGAUCGGUCUUCGUGAGAGCCAAAAGAUGGCUGUCGACGCCGGAUAUAACGUCCGUUGUGAGUUUUACGGCAAUCGCUUCCCGGAAUGA